AUGUUCCUUUUGACGUGUCUACUUGCGAGUCUUGUUGCUGAAGCCCUAACUUCCGCCAUUGAUCUGGAUCCUUCCGCGGUCGAGACCGUUGGAGAGACUUCCCAAGGUAAAACAGAUCGUCUUUUAAACAAACUUGGAAAAUACGAAAUGGUUAUACCCGUGCUGGUCGACGAGACGGGCAGGUUCCUUAGUUACAACGUCAAACACAAACGACCGAGUCGCCGGAAGCGACGUAGUGCCGACCACAGUCAGGGACCAUCGGAAAAAGAACCCAUCAGAAAAAUAUUCUAUAAAUUAUCUGCGUUUGGAAAAGAAUUUCAUUUUGAUCUCAAAUUAAACGAUAAACUUUUAUCGACCGUAUACAAAGCGGAAGUGUGGACGAAAGACGGACAGCGAAAUGUUGUAAACCGGAAGCGGAACUGCCAUUAUGUUGGCUACAGCCGUGAACCUUUUACUUCUAUCGCCGCCAUAAGUAACUGUUUCGGACUGCACGGCGUGUUCCAGACGAACGAGGAGGACUUCUUUGUGGAGCCGUUGUGGAACCAGACCGGAAAGACCACCACAUUCGGACACCCACAUGUGGUGUACAAGAGAUCGGACAUCCGGUUAGCACACGAACACAGUACUGACGACUGUGGUGUCACAGAUUUUCAGCAAUUUAUUCAUCAAAUCCCUCUUAAUCAAAAUAUACAUCAAACUAACAAUAAAACAAAACAAUAUCGAUCUUCUAAUCAAAGAAAACGACGAAAACCAGAACAACAUCAUAUAGGAUUUUCGCAAAGGCCUAAAUAUAAAAUUUCACUGCGAGAUGAGUACAGGAACCGGAAGCGGCGCUCUGUGAUGAGCGAAGAGAAGAAUGUUGAGACAAUUGUGGUUGCAGACAGAAUGAUGGUACAGUACCACGGGAAGAAAAUAAUAGAAUCCUACGUUCUCUCCAUCAUGAACGUUGUUGCCCAGCUCUUCCAUGAUGCCAGUAUCGGAAAUGCAAUUAACAUCGUGGUCAGUCGACUGGUCAUCCUGGAGAAGGACCAGGAGAACCUGACCUUGAACUAUCAUGCUGAUCGCUCAUUGGACAGUUUCUGUCGAUGGCAGAAUAUGCUCAACCUGACAGCUGACGAGAUGGGGACCGCUCAUCACGACAAUGCUGUUCUUCUAACAGGGUACGAUAUAUGUACGUACCAGAACAGUCCAUGUGGAACACUGGGGCUGGCUCCAGUAGCUGGGAUGUGUAACGAAGACAGAAGCUGCAGCAUCAACGAAGACAUCGGGCUGGCGUCAGCGUUUACUGUAGCACAUGAAAUAGGCCAUAACUUUGGGAUGCAGCAUGACGGCGCUGGAAACAGAUGUGGUACCGUCGGGUCAAACGAAAUGGCCGGAAUCAUGGCGGCACAGCUGACCAAAGACACUCAGCCCUUCAACUGGUCAUCAUGUAGCCGGACCUAUAUCACAGAGUUCUUAGAUUCUGACAAAGGACUUUGCCUGAUCAACACACCUUCGGAACAGCUCCUCGUGCAGCCCCAGUUCCGACGCUUCCCGCCUCAGCAGAUUAACUCGGACGAGCAGUGUGUACUACAGUUCGGGGAAGCCUCCAGCAUGUGUAAACCAGGGGAGGUGUGCCAAGAACUGUGGUGUAUAAACAAGCACGGCCAGUGUACGACAAACAGUAUCCCCGCGGCUGAGGGAACGGUCUGUCCACUGGACACUGGUCAGCAAGGGUGGUGUUACCGAGGGCUUUGUCGGGAGCCCCACUACCGCCCGGAGCCACAGGACGGAGACUGGGGUAUGUGGUCCGAAUGGGACGUCUGUACGCGCACGUGCGGUGUCGGCGUGGAGUCCAGCUUCCGAAGAUGUGAUGCCCCUGAACCCCGGCAUGGCGGGAAGUAUUGUGUAGGAGAGCGGAAGCGCUAUAGGUCGUGUAACAUCCAGUCGUGUCCGGACAAUGUUAAAGAUUUCCGGGAACUGCAAUGCGCGGAUUACGACACAAAACCAUUCAGGGGAAGGUACUACAACUGGAAACCGUUCUCAGGAGCCCACAAUAGACCAUGUGCAUUGAAUUGUAUAGCGGAGGGAUACAAUUUUUACACAGAACGUGCGCGGAAGGUUAUAGAUGGCACCAAGUGUUAUCCAGACAAGAUGGACCUCUGUAUAAAUGGCCGAUGUUUGCCGGUGGGAUGCGAUGGUAUUCUGGAGUCCAAUGCUACAGAAGACAACUGCCGGAAGUGUAAUGGCGAUGGCUCAACCUGUCAGACGAUCUCCGGCCAGUUCGACAAACAGCUCCAAAAGGGUUCCUACCAUGAGAUGGUUAGGAUUCCUAGAGGAGCGGUACAUAUAACGGUGAGGGAGACAACGGAAUCUAUCAACUACUUAGCUUUAAUGGGCGAGAGUGGAGAUUAUUACAUCAACGGGGAAUGGACUAUAGAUUGGCCCCGGAAAUUCUCCCUGGCCGGAACAGUCUUUCAUUAUGAACGAGAAGAUAACGAACCGGAGGUCCUCAGAGCGAUUGGACCAACAAAUGAAAAUCUUGUUAUCAUGAUUUUGCUACAAGAGGAAAACCUUGGCGUGGACUACCAGUAUAAUGUGGCUAAGAAUGCAACACUCUACAAUCACGACGCCACACUCUACACCUGGCAGCACUCGAUCUGGUCCGAAUGCUCACAUUCCUGUGGUAGAGGUACGCGUGUGUCCAGCGCGGUGUGUGUUAAGAAAUCUGACCGCCAAAUGGUCGACAAUGACCUCUGCACUCCCCAGCCAAAGCCGAGUGACCACAGUCGAACGUGCAACGACAACCCAUGUCCAGCAAGCUGGUCAGUGGGACGGUGGUCCCAAUGCAGUGCUACUUGUGGUGACAACCGGUCGAAGAAGCGGAGCGUCACAUGCGUCCAAACCAUCAACCAGGAGGAGCAGGUGAUCCUCCCGGAUCAGGAGUGUCCCUCCCGGAAACCUAACACCGUGCGUCAGUGCCGCACUAUUACUUGUCCUGCUGUGUGGUUCCCCGAUCAUUGGAGAGAGUGCUCAGCUGAAUGUGGAAUGGGGGAGACCACUCGUAACGUGUUCUGUAUGACCAGUGACCGACAGAACUACCUACACGAGGCCCAGUGUAGCCAGGAGAAGAAGCCUCUCACUUGGGAAACCUGCAUACAGCGGCCAUGCCCUCCGCCCAGGUGGGACACAGAUCCUUGGAGUCCGUGCUCUGCCCGAUGUGGAACAGGUCGUCAGACCCGUAAUGUGGUGUGUCGUACGUACCGAGGAGAGAGGAGCAGCACCUGUCUACCCAGAGACAAACCUCAAACAAUACAACAGUGUCAUAACAACUGUGACUCCCAACCCUCCGUCGAAGACUGUGUGGAUCAAGACAAGGCGCAGUUCUGUCCACUUGUAGAGAGGUUCCGAGUGUGCGACCGGGAGUAUUUCUACCGGAUGUGCUGUAGGACAUGUGUCGAUUCAGGGCAAAGGACGUUCGGAUGAACGCUAUAUAUUUAGACAGAUGUUAAUAAUAUAUAAUUAAUGCUUAUAAUUAAUGACAGAUGACGUACAGAUAGCCACCGCAGACAAUUAUAUAUAAAUGACUCUCCUAGUAGAUGACUUUGGAUGGAUACAAUGUUAAAUGACGUUCGGAUCGACUCUGCAGAUGCCGUAUGGAUAGGCACUAUUAAAUUAAGAAUAGUUUUACAAAAGCAUAUGAUAAAUAGAUAGAUUUGUUAUGCAGAAGGCGAAGGAUAAACACAGCAUAGCAUACUAGGAAGAUCACAUAAAGAACUUACUUAAAUGCUUGAAAAAAUAUUUGCGAUAGGAUAGUGACCAUUCAGAGAUUGAUGGACUGUUUAAAAUCAAACGUUGCUGAUAAAUUAUUCACAUAUUCCGCGUAGACUGGGGGAUCUGACUGCUUCUGUUAUCGCAUACUGUCUGUCAUACAAAACCUUCAAUCUGUUAAUACAGACACCAACCAUGUACAUUAACUAUAUGUCUUGGAGCAAUCUUGAAAAUGGUGACAUUGUAUCAUGCAUACGUAAAAAUCUCAAAAAAAAAGAAACAAAAAAUAAAAUUCAUAGUAAAAUUCAAUGUAUUAAUUAGAGACUUCGUACUUAGAAUGAUAUAUAGUUAUUUUACGUUCAAGUGAAUGUCUAUAUUACUUUAUUUGGUCCAUAAGAAAAGGAUUGGUUUUCCUUUUGCGAAUCGAAAUAUACUGAGGAAAGUAGUGCGUCGGUGUAAUCAUGCUUCGAUACAUUUCAAAGGUGAUUUCAUAUUAUCUUCGUUCGAAAACCGUAUAUUUCAAUAUUUAUAUAUAUUUACAUUACAAUUUGGCAAAAUAUAAUAAAUGUUGUGAUUAAAUUUUACGAUUUAUUUCAUCAUAUACAUCUACCAAAAUUGUGAUACUGUAAGUAAAAUAGUUUAUUAAUUUACGGUAACUAAACAUAACAUGUAGUAAGGGAAUAAAAGCUAGAAUCUGCUCCUUUAUAUAACCCAGCCUCACCUUGCCAUGUAACCCUCAGACAAGAUAUUUGCACUUGUAUACAUGUUUAUUUACAGUUGAGAAUUACAUGAUGUGAAUGUUUCUGUCUAUAUAUCGUGUGUAUAUUAACGAAGUUAUCUGUUGUAUACUAGUGAUUUUAUAAAUUAUAAAUGUUAUGUGUACAUAUUUAAAACAAGUAACUUUUUUUUAAUAUAAUUCCAUGUUCUAAAAAUCUGAUAAAUGUAAUUUUAUCCCUGACAGCUUCGUCUAAACUACAAAACAACUGUGUUCCAAUGAAUAUUUUUUUUUUUUAAAUUUGUGAGUGUCUACGUAAACAAAUUCAAUUUAAUAUCGUCAACUAUGUCUUGGAUACAAAAUACAGCGAAAUAUAUCAAAAUGAAUCCUAGGCACAAAUAACGCGAAAUAUAUAAACAUGUUUCUAUGACGCAUAGAUAUGCGAAAUAUAUCAAUAAGUGUCGAAGGAUCAAAAUGUUUGAACAUAAUAAUGUCCAAGGCACAAAGAUCCCAGAAAGAUAUAAACAUGUUUCUUAGAAACUGAAUUACAUUAAAAUUUGUAUCGUUUUUCACAUUAUGUUAUCGAUUUUACGUUGAUUUACUUUGAAAUAAUCACAGAUGAUUUGGUCUUGAUAAGUAACAUAAAAAUACUAGAAAUGAUGAUGAUACAAGCAAACUCUUCGCUAGCUCGGCAAUCUUUCAAGUCGAUGUCAUCCCUUUGUGAUAUGUUGUUUAUAUUUUGACUGACUGGCUUAUAUCAAUGUUUAGUUUUAUACCGACUUUGGGAUACGGAAAUUGUCAACAUUAUAAAUUAUAUUUCAUUGCUAUCUAACUAAGAUAUUAAUUGUUAUAUUUACAAAUAUAAAAAGAUUACAAUUCUUCAGGAAGCUGUUAAGUUUGAAUGAAAUACAUGUGCAAUUAAAAUUUAACUUCUUUUUUUGCUUUAAAUAUUCAGUUUUUGCAAUUUCAUGGUGAACAUUUUCCAUUUACUAUCUUACGUAAAAUAUUGCUUUUUCUCAAAUCUUGAUACAUAUAACUUUACUCUUUAAUAUAUGUGUAUCCUGAAAAAGCACCUGAUGUUCAUCCUUUUACAAAUGAUAUUAAUGUGAAAACGUUUGGUCAUGAAUAGAUCCUGAUUAAGAUGUAUUUAAUAUGUAUAUAUGUGUGUGUAAGACUUAGUAGCUAUCAGACAUUCUGUUGCUCAUGUAUAUAGAUUACAAUAAAAUAGUAUUCAA